ACCAUAUCGACUGAUGAGUAAAACCAUACCAUAAACUUGAUAGCCAGGAUUCUAUCUUUUUUCCGAUCACCCACUGUGUCGGUGGGACCUGAAAUGUGCCAUAUUGUCAAUGCCGCGAAAUUCCCGAUGUGUUCACGACUCAGUUGACAGAUCUGUUAUCGGAAUACCGGUUCCUGCAUAGCGCACUUCCAACACCGCAAGCUUGACCCUCUCAAGUUCAGAUCCCCAUGCUGUGCCGUGUCGGACUUAUCUGACGUAGUCGGCCCGCUGUUCAAGUAAAUACAUAGUCUCUCCCCACUCUUGCUGGAAGACAAAGAAAAGUCUGUAGCCGGACUGCUGGCGAUACCAACUCCCUCGCCAUCGCCAUUUCCACAAAGAUGUUAUCGCAUCUUCUCGCGAUUGGGCUUUUGAGCCUUGCGAAGACAUCUCAAGGGAGUUAUGGAUUCUACGUCGGCAAGGCACUCACACAUGAUGGCAGCGUUAUGCUGGGCGGAACGGGCGAAGAAGUGUCAUCGCACUGGCUUCAGAUCUUCCCUGCCAAGGACCACAAGGCAAACGACACCAUUGUCGUCGGCGUUACGGAAGACGCGGUGAUGCCGGGAAAGUUGAUGAACAUUUCGCAAGCACCGCACACCUUUCGCUAUCUUUCCAUGGAAUACUCGGAUUUUGAAGGGUUUCCGGCGCCUCUCACAAACGGUGGUGUUAAUGAAAAGGGCGUUGCUGUGCGCGAUAUAUGGGCUCAGAACCGAGAUGACCUCAUUGCCAUGACACCAAAUCCGCAGACUGGCUUGCAAUACUCCGACCUGGCCCGCGUUGUACUGGAGAGAGCGAGUACCGCAAGAGAAGGCGUCGAGCUUAUUGGACAAAUGAUCGCUGAUUAUGGCUAUGCCGACUAUGGCGGUAACUCGCAUCUCAUCGCUGAUGCAAGCGAAGGCUGGGUGGUUUGGGAGAUGUCAGGAGGCCAGAAACUCUGGGCGGCAGAGCGUCUGGGUGAAAACGAUGUGCGCGUUCUUUACCCCGGCUAUAUUGAAGACUUUCCUGUGGACUUUGAAAACAGCCCAGACUACAUGGGUAGCCCGAACAUUGUGAGUUUUGCGGUUGAGCAGGGCUGGUGGAACCCAAACAGCACCAAGCCUUUCAACAUAUUCAACGCGUACGCACCCCAAGAAGAAGGCUACACUGCACGAGAUGGCGGAGCGAAGUACAUGUCGCAAGCUGCACUUGAAGAUGCGACCCGCGCAAUGGCUCCUGUAACCGAGAAAGACCUCAUCGAGCACGUUCGAGACUACAGAAUCUCAGACGAUGAAGCCGGUUACGGCCAAGUCGUAUCUCUACGUCCAAAUAUGGACCCCGAUCUGAUCCGUGUUUGGGUUGCACCUACCGGUUCGGUAACAGCACCUUUCAACCCAUGGUGGCUGGGUGUAAAGAGCAUUCCGCCAGAGUAUGGACUACACCGCUAUCUGUACAAGGAUGCUGCGGCUACAUUUCUGGACACUGACUACCAGUAUCAAGAAGCCACCCAAUUUGCUGGACGUAUAUUCAAAAAAGUACUCUACUACACAUGCUCAGAUCCGGAAAGUUAUCUGCCCGUUGUGCAAAACAUGCUGCAUGGAUUUGAGAAUGCAUCUUUUGCUGAUAUGGAAUGGGUCGAGCGAGCUGCCCAUACAAUGGUGGAGGCCGGGCAACAGGAGCACGCACUGGAUCUCUUGACAUUCUACUCGCAUGCAAGGGCAGAGAAGGCACUGGCGCUUGGGAGGACUAUGGCCGAUGCUCUCGAUGCCUACGUGAAGCUGACGGGUCAGUUCCGCAUGCCGAGUGGCGAUCGAAUCAAUGAUCCUGGGCUUGGGGCUGAGACAGUAAACUGUUUGGUGGGAUGGGAUCCGGAUCAACCAGCUGACAAGCAGAAACCUUUGAAGAGAUUUCGACGAUCAAAAUGACUUGGACAAAUGGGCCGGGGCUACCGCGACAAACAAUAUACUAUUGGUACUUGAGAUACCGGAGAAAAUGAUCUAAUACAAUCACACUUUAGCAGAAGGAGCAAAUAUAUAGAGAAUGUGUGCUGUGGAUACAAGCCUGGAAUGUGAUUGCAG